CUUAAAAAGGAGCUAAAUUUGAAAUUAGUUGACGUACUUUUUCACGUGGUUUUCAUAUCUUAAAAUAAAUAAGAUUAAUAUAAUAAUUAUAUUAUUUUUCUGUUAGUGACAGUGUUUUUUGUAUUGAUAUUUAAGUAAAUUAAGAAAUAAGGUAUACUAAACUAUUUAAAACAUGGCUCAAUUUAAAGCCAGAAUGACGAAAGAGAUGCAAAUGAUAUUAAAGCAAACUUCCCCAGGUAUUGCUUGCUGGAAUGUUGAUGGUUCUAUACGUCAUUUACGAGCAACAAUAAAUGGAACUCAAGGUACUCCCUAUGAAAAUGGAAUUUUUAAAUUAGAACUAAUUAUUCCAGACAAAUAUCCAUUUCAGCCUCCUAAUGUUACUUUUACAACAUCUAUAUAUCAUCCAAAUAUUGAUACUGCAGGAAGAAUAUGCUUGGAUGUUUUGAAAUUACCACCGAUGGGAACAUGGAAACCAUCAUUGAACAUAAUAUCUGUUUUGACAUGUAUCCGUCAACUAAUGAAUGAACCAAAUCCUGAUGAUCCACUAAUGGCUGAAAUUGCUGAAGAAUUCAAGUUUAAUCGACCAAUAUUUGUCCAACAUGCUAAAGAAUGGACUAUGAAAUAUGCUGUUUCUGAUGCUUCUAAUUAAGGUAACUUGAAGCAAAUUUUGGAUGGAAAUAGAAUAUUGCUGUUCUCAUAUCUUCAGUUAAUCAUUCCAAGAGUAUUGUAUACAGACUAUUGUUCAUACUAGGUACUGUACAUUGAAGAAUGUAUGUAAGAAUGUAGCUUCAUUGUUCUGUUUGAAUGCUGAUUUAAACAAAUCAGUUUUAAAAAAUACUGUUUACUGAUUUUAUAAUUAAUGUAUAUAUAUAACUUAUAUCUUUUGUAAAGAAUAUUUAUUUAAAUAAACAUUCAAAAAAUUUCCUAUUAAUGAAAAUUUUACAAUUA